AUGCCUACCGAUUGGAAGUCCCUAGAGACCCUUGAGCGUUUCAUCGCUGCCCUCAUCGCCUCCAACGGCGGUAAGAAUCGCACUCGCGCCUACAAGAAGUCGGCUCUGGCCCUCAUCAAAGAGGUCGAAGGCGCUGGACGCCUCGAUAAGGACAUGAAGUCCCAGGGCGCUCCCAAAAAGGUUCCUGCUACCCCCAAGAAGCCUUCUACCGCUACUCCCGGCUCGGCCAAGCGCGUCACCAAGCGCACUCCCAAGGUCUCCAAGUCAAAGGCCAGAGUGUCCGAUGACUCGGACGACGACAUGGCCGAUGUCGGUACCGCCGCCAGCGCCGCCAACGACGAGGAGGUCUAA